AUGGAUGCUUCAGAGAUAAAACGGAAGAUUGUUCGCCUUCGAAUUCUCAUCAUAGGAAGAGCGAACGCAGGAAAAACUACCAUCCUAAAGAGGGUUUGCAAAACCAACGAGAACCCAGAAAUUUUCGACGGCGCUGGGAAAAAGAUCGAUAUCGCGGUUUUGACAGCAUCCAGAGAGCGUGGAGAGCACGAUAUCGAGAACGAAAUGGUGUUCCACGACAACCCAGGAUUCAUUUUUCAUGAUUCACGCGGUUUUGAAGCAGGCGGGGAAUCUGAGUAUGACAAGGUCAAUGCAUUUAUCAAAGCCCUUCCGGUGAUCGUACUAUUCACCAAAUUCGAUUGCCUCUACGAUGUCGAAUUUGCACGACUGAUGGAGAAUGGAGCAUCAAGGAAAGACACUAAAAACCUGGCUCCAAAGCGUGCCGAGGACACAUUUGCAAACGGGCAUCAAUUGAAGUUUCUAUACCACUCCAAGGACAUCCGACGACCUCCAAAAUGUCACGUAUGCCUCCCUGACAUGGACAAUGACAAUGCAGACUGCGGACCACUCAUCGAACGAACAGCUGAAACUCUGGACAAUGAAGUCCUGCAGCAACUUCUCAUCUCAACUCAGCAGACCAACUUGGAGAUCUGCAUGAAAUAUGCAGUUGAGAGAACACUUGUCGCCUCUGCUGAAACAAUUUCAUAUCAGGAGGCACUACGAAGAUUGGGUGUCUGGUUUCCACAUAUUAUGGUAGUACGUCUGUUGAUCCUUGUUCGAGAUCGUGCCAUGCUGAUCGAAGCCAUUGCCACUGUUCGCAGGGUGUGA